UGGGGGGUUCAAAGUUGUGUUCAGUGUUCGUUACCGUCUGUGGCGCCCUCAUUUUAAUAACGGUAACACAUGUUGAAUGCAGAUAUGAAGACAUCGGGAUUAAUUCUGCUAGUGGGACUAAUGGUGAAGCUGUCUACAGGUGAUGAUGAACAACAUGCCUUGUUUUUCAACACAAAGUCACUAGACCCUGUCGACCAUUUUUCUCUUGAUGAUGAUUCUGAGGGCAGACAUAUUCGACAAACUGAGUUCACAGUGAGGUCAAUACUGGAAUGGCUUCAAGGGAGGUACACACAGCCUUCCAAGAAAACUCAAAGGAGUUCUAGUAAUCAGGAAGCAUCAGCAUCACAACCAGCUAGACAGUAUUUGCCUGUCCCUGAACAGCCAACCAAAGAACGUCCAAGACCAUUCCAACCAAAACCUACGCUGCCUCCCACUCUUCCUCCCAGCUCUCCCUCACAGCCACCAACUAUCACUUAUAUUCCUGCAAAACCCUCCCCUCCAGUAACACAUCUUCCUCCAAGUCCAAGCUACCCUCAGCCACCCCCCAGUACACUGUAUCCAUUUCCUUCAUCAGAACCAUCUGGCUACCCUAAACCCCAACCCCCUCAACCUCCCUUUCCACCAAGUCCUUACCCACAAACAGAGUAUCAGCCUCUGCCAACAACCCUGCAGCCCCCUGGGGAGUUGCCGUACCGACCAACACCACAACCAUCAGUUACCACAACAGGACUCAUUUCAGACGGAGGUGGGGAUGAACAGGUUAUAAUCGGGACAGAAACUAAUGACAUCGAGGGUGCCCAUCCACCACAUAUCCAUAACAUUGCAGUGGAGUGUGCGAAGGACCAAAUGACAAUCAACUUGGAGUUCAACCGAGAGUUUAACGGUGUAAUCUAUUCUAAAGGCUUCUACAAUGAGGAUUCAUGCCGCUAUGUGAAUGAGGGUACUGGUCAGACUCAAUUCUCAUUUACCGUGCGUCUCAAUGCAUGCGGCACCCAAUUCAUUGACGAGUUUAAAGAAGGAGGUCAAGCCUAUCUUGAGAAUGUGCUUGUGAUUCAGAAUGAACUAGGCAUUCAAGAGGUGUGGGACACGGUGCGUCGAGUGCGCUGCCUGUGGGAAGGUAACAUCAGGGAAUCACUGUCAGUCUCACUUGCAAUUGGAAUGCUUAACCAGGAGAUUGUUACAUUCAGCGGUGACACAGCCAUCGCACAUCUUGACAUACAGAUGGGGCGUGGACCAUUUGCUCCAGCAGCCAAUGGACUUGUGACGAUUGGGGAAACCAUGACACUUGUUGUGUCUGUAGAAGGUGACCCAGGAUUUGAUAUUCAGGUGCGGGACUGUGUGGCAAGAGAUGUAUCCUCUGUAAACGUGUUAAAGCUUACCGAUGAGCAAGGCUGCAUUCUGCGCCCAAAACUUUUUGGGGCAUUCCAAAAAACAAGGAAUACAGGUGCUUCUGGGGCAUCCAUUAUUGCUUAUGCUUUCUUCCAGGCGUUCAAGUUCCCUGAUGUGAUGGACCUAACCAUAGAGUGCAAUGUUGAACUAUGCAAGACAAACUGUGAGAGCUGUCCAUUACAAGGACAGAAUAUUGACCCUGCUCGAAGAAGAAGACGUGACAUAUGGGUAAACAAUUCAACCCUCAGUGAUCCUGUGCGAGUGUUAAAAACAUUCAGGGUCAUAACUCCUGAUGACCUUGAAGAGGCUGUCAGAGGUUCUACAGUUGUCAAUGUUGGAUCUGAAAUUGAGGGAGUGUGCAUGUCUCUGCCAGGCUUCCUGCUUGCUGCAAUAUUUCUGCUGUCCAUUCUAGUGGGCUCCUGUCUUCUCUGCACAUAUUUCUGGUUUAAAAUGCAGAGAGGCACAAAGGCAAUUGAAGCUGCCAAGACUGUCCACCUGGAGACAUUUCCUAUCUCCAAAGCUUGAUGAAGACGUGCCAGUGCGAUUUACCGCAGUUAAGUUAACUAUUGCUUCUACUGUCAGUGUAAACUUGUACAAUGAACUUGCCAGGGUUUCUGAAAUUGUCGCUCACUGGAAAAUCCGAGUAAACAACGAAAAUCAUAUUGAUAAGCUUAGAAUUUACAUGAUUCAUAAACUGAUUAAUAACCCAGCAUUUUAAUUGGGUACUCGAAAAAUAGUAAGCAUUGUAUUCCAUUCUUCAUACUUUGAAACGAACACAACUGCCAAAUGUAGUUACGGAAAAGGGGUUAAUCACAGCUUGGUCUCAUUUAUCCAGCUGCAGGUUGUCUCGGUUAAAGAAAAUUAAUCUUACUUAAACGCAAUGACCACAUCUCAUUUACGAACACUGUACACCACGAAACAAUGCACUAAUGAGUUGGGAAAAAAAACUCAGUAAAUGUCCUUGUUGCAUGACAGAAGAUUAUUGAGGAUUUGAGUCAUGACAACUGUAGACAAAAACAUCCAAAUGUCUCAAGUCCAAACAUGAACGAGUUACUCAGUGCGGACUAAAAGUUCUUAAGGUUUAUUAACCACCUGUAACGCCAAACUACAGACCAGCACUGCAAAGACUUGGAUCGAUCAAUAAACAUAACUUCAUCAAGACAUCAUAAAGCGAAAUAUGUCUCAACAUUUUGAGUUCAGUCAGAAACAGCACAUUACGUAUCGGUCUGUCAGUUCUUGGAAUUUUGUCACAUUUUUUUCUUCUGAUAUUGGCUUUUGAUCUUGCCUACCCCAUAUACUUUUUGGUUUUAUUUCAAGGUGUCUGGUUUUAAUUAUGGCAAUGUUGGUAUUUUGUGGUCAUGUCAUUAAAUUACUUUUUUUUUUAGUUGAUUUAUUUUUUCAUAUCCCCAGUUUAUCUUUGAAACUUGCAAUAUACAUUACCUCAGUCACAGCUGCUGCUGUACAAUUGUGGACAGAAACUGAUCUACAUCAACGACGUACCCCUCCCAUCAGGUGUUAUGACUAAUAUUUUUGUUUGCAUUUCUUGUGGACAUUAUUACACUUCCCAGGCUAAAAAUACAUUUAUAGUGUGAGUGAUUCUCUAAGGAUAGAAAAUUUAUUUAUCAAGUAGCAGAACUUGAGCUGAGUAGAUAAUAAUCUCAAAUCAGAUUACAAAUAAAGUUUACAGUUUGUAGAAGGAAA